ACGCGCCCCUACAGGCUGCCUUAUGUGCUUCAACCAGGAAAUCGUCAGGCCAGUUUGGCUUCAUGUUCAGACGGAGGAUAUUCAGGCACGCUGUGUCAGUGAGUGUGCUCUGAACAAGCAUGGGGCUACACUUAACACGAGCACUCCGCAACUUUAACCUUGAAAAUCGGGCUCAUGGGCUUAUUGGCAAGGAGAAGCCAAGGCCUGCACCCUCCCACCCGAAAACAGAGGAUGCACUGAGGGCAACCAAAACACAUCACCCAGACAUUGAAGAUAAAAUCCGUAACAAAGAUAAUCUGCUUCUGACAAGGCUGAAAGAAGUUUAUGUUGACUCCAGUGACCCAUCUUCUGAGGUACAAACCAAAGAGAGUGCAUCUGCGCAAGAAGAGCUUAGACUUCCAAAACUCACUGUGAAUCGAGAGUCCCUUAUGGAUCUGGAUGUAGAGAGUAUUCCUAAAGGAAAGAUUUCUGUGCUUGAGGCACUGACACUUCUCAACAACUAUAAAAAUUCUCCAGAAACCUGGACUGCUAAGAAAAUAUCAGAAGACUACCACUUAGACUCCAAGAAUACCCAGGCACUGCUGGAAUACUUUAUACCUUUCAAUGUGAAAAUCAUUCCACCCAAAGACAAGAAGCAAAUUACAGACUCCUAGAACCCUGGAACUUAAUAGCAGAAGGCAAUUUAUUUAUAUUUAUUUGAGAACUCUGAUCUGAUGAAUAUUUUGUUUUCUUUAACCCUUCUUAUCUGUGAUUUCUUGCAUUAAAGUCUUUGUGGUAUGUGGAUAGUCUGUCCCAGUGUACUCACCUUUCUGCAUUCUAUGCAAACUAGACUUCUUGCAUCCCUUCUUAUAUAUUUAAUCUUAUACUAUAUGACACAAAGCAAAAGAGAGAUCAGUUAUGUACUUGCUUACCACUUUGUACGUUGGGUCCGGGUGCUCAAGCCCCACACCUUCAACUUAGGGAGCCAUACAUGGAACACACAGAAAAACAGGCUGGCACUUUCCAGGCCACAAACAGGAGUAAAGUCAAAGCAGCUCAGUUGAGUGAAAAACGUACUAGUUUAUUUGUAUCAGUACAUAAUUGUAAAAAGAUUUAAACAUUUUGUGCCUCAGGAGCGAAAUCAAUCAUAGACUUAUCUUAUACCAUCUCAAGAUAUUUCCCAAUAUUGAUAUUGUGGUCAAUAUUUUUGCGUAGAUUAUAGGGCUUAAGUUCCAUAAACUAACAAAUCAACACAUUUUCAAAUGUGUUCUAUAGAACAUGAGAUCAUCUGAAUUGUAAGUUAUCCUAUCCACUGAAUACGUAAUAAAAUAUCCUACAAGAGGUUCUGUUUGGCAGUACACCUGACUUUUACUCAACCAAAAAUUGUUUCCAAACCAGGAAUUCAAAAAUAAGCAACAACUUUGAGGCCACUGGGAGUAUUCUUCAGAAGCAGGCUUCAUAGCAUCUGGCAAAAUGCCUGUGGCCACUCAUAUUUUAUUUAGAACUGUUGUGUCCCCUUGCUUUAACCCUUUAGAUCUUAAUGCCCAUCUGUCACUCAGGGGCUUCAUUAUCUUAGCUAAUUCUUUACAGGU